AUGGAGGUACAUGAAGAGCAGGUCUCUGCACCUGUAACAGGGGAUGCUACAGCAAAAUAUCUGCUGCAAUAUAUCUUGUCAGCAAGAGGCAUUUGCCAUGAAAAUGCUCUCAUUCUAGCCCUAAUGAGAUUGGAAACCGAUGCUUCAACGCUUAACACUGAAUGGUCGAUCCAGCAGUGGGUCGACAAGCUAAAUGAUUAUAUAAACGCUAUAAACGUAAAACUGAACCUUUUGGGUUACAAGAUCAUUCGGAUCAACCACGGGAUUGGUAGAAACGCAGUGACUUUAAAGGCCAAGCAGAAUUUUGAGUCCUUCGAAGAUAAUACAGCAAUAAGGGCUCACAAUAAUGAUUAUGCAGUUUUGCAAUCGAUAGUACUUCCGGAGAGUAACAGGUUUUUCGUAUAUGUUAACUUAGCAUCAACAGAAGAGACUAAGUUAGCCACAAGGUUUAACCAAAACGAGAUCGAGUUUAUGAAAUGGGCCAUAGAACAAUUCAUGAUCAGUGGAGAGACUAUCGUUGAAGGGCCUGCACUGGAAACCUCGAUAAUUGUGAAGGAAGUCAACCGUAUUCUAGUAGCAGCUACAGGAGACUCAAACCUCGCGAAAUGGCGUAAGUUCAGUACGUUUACUGUAGGGUCCACCAAUCUUUUCCAAUUUCAAGAAUUAACAGCAACGGACAUCGAAGACUUACUACUCCGAUUAUGCGAACUGAAAUGGUUUUACAGGACUCAGGAAGGGAAAUUCGGUAUUGAUCUUCGCUGUAUAGCAGAACUAGAAGAGUAUCUAACAUCCAUGUACAAUUUGAACACUUGCCAAAAUUGCCACAAGCUGGCAAUUCAAGGUGUCAGGUGCGGCAACGAAUCAUGCCGAGAAGAGAAUGAGGAAACUGGAGAGAAUAGUCUGUCUCAAAUUUGGCAUGUUGAUUGUUUCAAGCAUUAUAUUACCCAUGUAAGCAAGAAUUGUGAUCGUUGCGGUUCAUCGCUAAUCACAGAGGGCGUAUACGUUAUUUAA